AUCUUUGCAGCGCCUUUGAACUAACAGCCUUGACCUCCUCCUGAGGAUAGUUCUACACUGAAAUGUUUUCCAAAUCUCCAAACAACACACAGUAUGCGUCUGAGGGUGGUUAUCCCUCGGUGUAUGUGGUGGACACCCAUGCAACACAGCACCCAAUCCCGCCAAGGCUGAAGCCACGGAGACGAAGUAUCGGGCCGGCGCAAACCACAUUGUUCCUGCUCGUGAGCCUGGCAUUGUGCGGCAUGGCUGUUGAAGCUUGUCUGAUUUAUCGGCUCUACAAAGCUGAAUCUGCCAAUGAAGCAUCAUUAUCCUCUAUGCUCAUUGCAAGUGAUGUCUCUCCCACUAAACGUCCCAGCCGCAAUGUUCUUCCUUCCAAACCAGUUGCCCAUCUAACAGAUGGACCAGAUGCAACUCACAGCAAACAUGUCUUGGCAUGGAGUAUAGUUGCAGACCCUCUCCUCCAUGAAAUGAGCUACAAGAACAGAAAUCUAAUCAUCCUGGAAGAGGGUUACUAUUAUGUCUACUCCAAGAUUCUCUUCUCAGACAGAGGUCUUUUCCAUCAUUUUGUUAAUUUGCACACAGAAAGAUUUGCUGGGGAAUACCUGACCCUCCUGCAGUCCAGGAAAAUCUCUCCAGCGUUGAGCAUAACACAGUCCAACAGUUAUCUGGGUGGAGUGUUUCAUCUUUACAAAAAUGAUGCUCUUUAUGUGAAUGUCAGUAACACUGCAAAAAUAGUGCGAUCUGACCCAUCUGAGAACAUCUUCGGUGCAUAUAUGAUAUAGAUAUAAGUUUUUUUUUUUGUUUUUUU